CUUUGGUUGAAAAUUUGUGCUAUUCAUUGAUUUCAUUCCCCUUUUGCCGCCGCUCUCCGCCCUGUGUUUUCGUGGACCGCCGCCACCAGAAACAGAAGUGAAGAGAACAUUAAAGAACAGAACCAGAGGGUGAUAGGAGGAGAGUGAAGAGACAAUGGACAGCACCGCCGUCUUAGCAAGCCUUCAGCCUAACUCCUUCCUUUACCCCUCUCGUCCUUCCUCGUCUCUUCUCCCUCCUUCCUCCAUCUUAUCCUCUCCCCGCCGCCACCUCUCUCCUCUUCAAUCUCUCAGACUGCACAAGCAGCUCGCUGCUCCUGCUUCUUACAAUGUCAAUCCGUUGGCCUCUCCUUUCAAGACCGAUGCCGUGCUUUCCGAUACUUACAGCACGGAAACGUCUGAAUUGGCUGACAUUGAUUGGGACAACCUCGGAUUCGCAUUUCUUCCUACCGAUUAUAUGUAUGUUAUGAAAUGCCCUCGGGGUGGAAGCUUUUCUAAAGGGGAAUUGCAACGUUUUGGGAAUAUUGAGAUGAGCCCCUCAGCAGGGGUCCUAAAUUAUGGACAGGGAUUAUUUGAAGGUCUAAAAGCUUACAGGAAAGAAGAUGGUCGUAUUCUACUUUUUCGUCCUGAGGAGAAUGCUCUGCGGUUGAGGAUGGGUGCUGAGCGGAUGUGCAUGCCGUCACCAACAGUUGAACAAUUUGUGGAAGCUGUAAAGAAAACUGUUUUGGCAAACAAACGUUGGGUUCCUCCUCCAGGUAAAGGGACAUUAUACCUCAGGCCUUUGCUAAUGGGAAGCGGAGCUGUUCUUGGUCUUGCACCUGCUCCUGAGUAUACCUUUUUGAUAUAUGUCUCCCCUGUGGGCAACUAUUUUAAGGAAGGUGUUGCUGCAAUUAACUUAAUAGUUGAACAUGAAUUGCAUCGGGCAACUCCUGGUGGCACUGGAGGAGUUCUGAAGGCACAAUCUGCUGCAAAAGCCAAAGGAUAUUCUGAUGUGCUCUAUCUGGAUUGUGUUCACAAAAAAUAUCUGGAGGAAGUUUCUUCCUGCAACAUUUUUAUUGUCAAGGAUAAUGUUAUCUCCACUCCUGCCAUAAAAGGGACAAUCUUACCUGGCAUCACAAGAAAGAGCACAAUUGACGUUGCUCGAAGCCAAGGGUUCCAGGUUGAGGAGCGUCUCGUGACUCUGGACGAAUUGCUUGAUGCUGAUGAAGUUUUUUGUACUGGGACGGCUGUUGUAAUAUCGCCUGUGGGCAGCAUUACCUAUAUGGGUAGAAGGGUUUCUUAUGUAGAAGACGGCUUUGGGGUUGUUGCACAACAGCUCUAUUCUGUGCUUACUAGACUACAGAUGGGACUUAUUGAGGACAAGAUGAACUGGACUGUUGAGCUGAGUUAGGCAGCCGUCUUACCAUCUCAUCUAGUUCAUGUUCUUCUAUGUUGGAUUAUUGUCUAGUUUGAAUCAGAAAAAGAUUAUUCUCUAGCUUGCAUUUCGACUUCUGCAGGGACAGCUCUGACUCCAAUUAGUUGUGGGUUCUGAAAAAUUUGCAGCCACCGUGUUUCCCUUCCCCAGGGAUAUGUCAUAUGUAGGUGGUCUUUUGGCACUGUUUUUACUUUCUUGAACACUGUUUUCAUUCUUCUCUUUUUUUUUUUUUGGGAUUUUCUCAUUUCUCUGUUUAUCUCCCCAAUCCCAGCAACAUAACUACCAUGAAAACAGAAAGAUCUUCUAAUGUUAAAUCAAUUAUUUUUGAAACA